UCAAUACCGGGAUCGAGUCUUCAGUCGGUUGCUGUCGUUCGUGUGAAACGCAUUUGCUGUUUUCAGCGCCGCUUCAGUCGACGCCGAGCCGAUUCGUUGGACGGGUCUUCAGCGACCAGCGACGCCGUUGUUUUUUUCAGCGCGACGUUAUUUCCGCGUUUGUGUGAAAAAGUACUGCGGCUUUUCGAAAUUUCCGCACGUGUGCGAUUCUCGAUAAAUUGUAAAACUUCAACAAAUGCAUAGAAAUUGUUGAGGAUUAGUUGUCCUGUUCUAACAAACCCCUGUGAUACUCUUACUGGUUGGAAUUGUGUGUGCUGGAAAAGGAAAUUCUGUGAUUGUGUUGUGGCCUAAUCAAGGAUAUUUUCCUGUUGGUGAUUUUUGAAAUUGUUCCUGAGCACAAUCAAACGAGGCAUAUCGAUGUAAUUCCAGGCCGAUCGGUAAGAAAUUGCAUCACAUCAGUAGCAUCUGUUCAAGUGCAGAUGCAGUAGCUUAUCCAGAAUUGGCACCCAUUAGCAGAAUCGAUGAGAAGCUUCAACUCCAUCAAACGCUCGAUUAGGUAGCUAAAAACCAAUCGGCCCAAAACUUCAUCAAGUUCAGAAUGACUUCGGCCUACAAAUUGUUCAUCUUGCUCCUGCGGAUAGGAGUAAUUUGCUACGUUAAAGUGGAGGCUGUGGAGCAAAAGUUUGCGAUGGAACCGCAGGAUCAAACAGCUGUAGUGGGAUCGCGGGUAACUUUGCCCUGUCGGGUAAUUGGAAAGAUCGGGACAUUGCAAUGGACGAAGGACGACUUUGGGCUGGGAACGCACCGGAACCUGAGUGGAUUCGACCGCUACUCGAUGGUCGGUAGCGAUGAAGAAGGCGAUUAUUCUUUGGAUAUUUAUCCAGUAAUGCUUGAUGAUGACGCCCGGUAUCAAUGCCAAGUUUCUCCUGGACCUCAAGGACAACCAGGUAUCAGAAGCAAUUUUGCUACGCUGUCUGUCCUCGUACCGCCAGAUCCACCAAAAAUUGCCCAAGGAGACCAUUUGGUGACCACAGAGGACAGAGAAAUUGAGUUGGAGUGUAUCAGUUCUGGAGGAAAACCGGCGGCGGAAAUCACUUGGAUAGAUGGACAUGGAAAUGUCCUAACCGAAGGCAACGAAUACAUAAUCGAAAAGUCGGCGGAUAGUCGUAGAUUCACUGCCAAAUCGAUUUUGAAACUCACACCGAGGAAACUGCACCACAACACCACUUUUACAUGCCAAGCUCAAAAUACCGCUGAACGAACCCAUCGAAGUGCAAAACUCAAGCUAGAGGUGAAAUACGCUCCGAAGGUAAUGGUUACAUUUCUCUCUGGAAUGAAUGCCAAUGGACAGAUUCCUGAAGGAUCCGAAAUUCGAUUAGGAUGCAAGGCAGACGCGAACCCGCCUGAUGUUUCAUACAAAUGGUUUAUGAAUGACGAACCUAUUAUUGGGGACUUUACAAAAGAGCUGGUUUUACGAAAUGUGUCCAGAAAACAGCACGACGCCAUCGUCAAGUGCGAAGUGCACAAUGCAGUUGGAAAAAGUGAAGAAAGCCAAACAUUGGACGUCAGCUAUGGUCCGCAGUUCCGUACAAAACCCCGCUCUAUUCAAACUGAACUAGGUUCGAAUGUUGUGCUGACUUGCGACGUGGACGGCAAUCCAUUCCCCAACAUAAUCUGGUACCAUGAGGAUAAAAAGGUGGGCACCAGCCCGAAUCUGACUCUGAAAGUCGAUCAAUUGAACAUCGGCAAAUAUUAUUGCAAAGCGCACGUGACCGGAUUUCAAGAUAUCGGGGCUGAGGCCGCCAUUUACCUGAAAGGUCCUCCAUCAAUAGUCUCACAUCGAACACAAUUUGGAAUCGAAGGAGACAACGUGAGAGUUGAAUGUGUGGCGUUUUCCAUUCCAGCGCCAGAACGGGUCUUUUGGUCCUUUAAUGGAAGGGCUGUGGAUCCUCAAAGUCGCGAUUAUCACAUCGAAGAGGUGCCGUUACCUGAAGGCAUCAAGUCCACUUUGACGAUUAGAGAAUCGGAGGAAAAACACUUUGGAAUGUACAAUUGCAGUGUCAAUAAUCCAUUUGGAAGCGACACUGUCGAGAUCAGUCUAAUGCCACAAAAAACAUUUCCCAUGCUGAUAGUGGUGGUUGGCGUAAUAGGAGGAAUUAUUCUACUAAUUAUCAUCAUAAUGAUCGUGUUUCUCUGCCAGAGGCAGGGCAACAAAAAACCGCCUUCAGACAAUGCGCACACAAUGGAAAAACAAUGUAAAGAAUCGGACCGAAGUUCGAACAUCUCCGAUUUGAAGAUCGACCUGCGAACUGGAUCGUCCAACUCGAACGUCCACUGCGACAUGGAUUAUAUUCCAGGUGCGGAAUCCGAAACGGGCAGCGAAUCGGUCAUCACCAGGAUCGGCGUUCCAUUGGCCGGUCCUGUGAACGUCAACAGUCAGGACAUGUACCGAUAUUCUUCGGAUUACACUGAACCGAAUUUCCCGCCAAAGGACGGUCAAAACAACAACGGUUACGUUCCAUACGUGGACUAUUCCAGAGACUACAAUCCGCCAAUGAUGCAGCCUCCUAUUUCGACGGCAAUGGGCGGUGAAAGUCUUCAGUCGACUCGGCUGCAGUUGAAUUCGCUGCAAAACCAUCAGCUCAGCAUGGGCGGAAACGGCAACAGUUUCCCGAUGAACGAUCUGUCGGACUUGCAUAUGUCGCAGUCGAACGGUUCCAUUCCAGGGAUUGAUCCUCGGUUCAGUGCCACCUACGGGAAUCCAUAUCUUCGGAACCCCAGCGUUGGAUUGCCCACUCCCAACACGGCCAAUCCAGUCGCAACUCCUGCUCCUCCUCCAUACAGCAGGGAGAACUCGAGAUUGGCCAUAUCGAGUAGUGGGAUGAUCACUGCUAGUGCAAAUCCUGUGAACACUGUAGUGUCGAACGGUGCCAAUGGCAGUGUUCCUCAAGUGACGAGACUGCCCAGUUCACCUACCAGUCAGUAUAUUGUGCCCAGCUCGACAAUAAAACGAGGGACUUUGGCUACCCAUGUGUAAUAUUUGGUGUAAAAAUUUUAAGGUAAAUCAAUGAAACCAGAAAUUUAAAAGUGCUGCUGUGUCGCGCUCUAGUGCUGGCAGUAACAUUUCGAGACGAACCCCUCUGUACCAUACAAAGUGAUUUCUUUAGUAGAGAAUUGUUAGAGACAAACACUGAAAAGACUGAUAUAAACUAAUGCCGUUUUGUUGAAUCUCGUAGGAUUCGUAGUGGAAAAUUUACACAAAAAUUGACGACACUGUUCUGAAAUUCCUGUCAAUUUGUCGGUAGUGUUCAGGGUCUUUGAUGCCCCAUUAUGGGCACUUUCUAGACAAUUAUUCAAAUGGUUGCCGAAUUAAUCGAGUUUUUUUUAUAGCGUUGAACUGUUCAGCUGCCGGUUUUUCCCCAAACAUAGACAAAUAUUUCAGGGCUUACUGGAAAAAAUCAAGCACUAAUUAACCUUCGCAAUAAUAAAACAAAACAUUCACUGAGAACCGAUAUGUUUGAAAUAAACUGAUGAAUGAACCUUGUGCCAUACUACUUCCAUACUACACGAAAAAAUCAGGCAGCUUUCAACGAUUCAACCGUUCUGUAAAUACCUACAUAUCAAGUGAAAGUCGGACUUUUACAAAACCACCGACAAUAUCUUGUCAAUUUUUUAUCAAUAACUAACUUUUUUACGACUUUUACUACCUUAGAAAUCGAACUAACAGUUCUUCUAUAGAUCAUUUAUAUUUUGAACGAUGCUAGCGCUUCCAUGUAGUCAAUGUUUAUCCGUUUAUUGUUUCUAAUAUUUAUGCGGACGAAACGUGAUGUUUGUGCUGUUUUCUCUACAGGAAAAGUGCCAAGCUUAUUAUCAAUCAACCCUGUGCAACAACAGGACCGUUUUUUUAGAAAAACGAGGUGGAUGAUGUUAGUUCGUCGAACAGCAAACUAAACAUUUAGUGCUUAUCACAACUUAAAGUAGCUUGUGCUAAAAAGCAAGAGAUAAUACAAAUAACUUAACUACAACACAUAACUUCCUCGCGCCUUCGCUUACGAAUUGAUGGAGUGCUUUAAUGUCUAUACAAAUAACGAAUUAUUUAUCAAACGAACACUUUCUGAUGUACAUUAAUAUUGUCAUUUUAAAAGGCAGAAAAUGUUGAGGCAAAAUACCCGCACAAUAAAGUUUUGAAAAUAGAAACUUUGAACACAGUGUUCACUAUAAAGCCGAGCGUACAAAUUUAAAAAAACCUACGCAAUCAGCUGUUGGAGGAAGAAAGUUAAGUUUUUAUUAAGUUCGUGAGCUACAAACGCACAAAGAGCAACUACAAAACUCAAUUUGUACGUUUAUCUGCACAAACUAGGCGCUUGAAAUACAGGGUGAAUCAUUAAAAGUUGAUUCACUUCACACAAACUUAACGUAUUUAAUAACCUCUUCAUUAAGUUCAACUUGUUCAUAAGCUUCCUUGAGAAGAUUGCUUUAGUUCCGAACUAUCCACAGCAACUUUCUGAUAUAAUCCGAUUACUAUUGUUUGUACAAGUAAUUCCUACGGAACAGGCUAAGGAAAUUUAUUUACUGCCAAAUUAAACGCAACGUUGUCGAUAAGCUUGUCACUUUUUUCUUGAUUACAUCACUUGCAAAUGGAAAUUCCCCUGUCGUUUUGUUGUUAAAAAUUCAAUUUCGUAAUAAUUCACGUAACAAUCAUGUGCUUACUAAAUACGUUAUUUUUAUGAAAAUUGUUAACUUUAAAAAAUGUUCUUGUUAAUAAUAUAAAGUAUAUACCAAAGAUAUUUUUUGUAUUUGUAAAAAAUUAAUAAAAAUGUAUAUUUUUUAACGUAUAAUUUCGACGUCAACGAUUAAGCACGCACAGUGUGCAUCGUUUCAUUUGGGGCUGUCGCCCGCCUAUUAGAACUGUGUUGUUUCAACUGGCCUAGAAAAUGUAGUCAGACGUAUCUCAUACUAUAAGAUUUUCGCAUCUGAUACAUAAUAAUGUAUUAUUACUGUAUUUUUAAGUUAUUUUGUACUUAAUUCUCGUUUUCCACCACAUUUGCUCACUAGUUACGCUCCUAAGUUGUAUCUAUUCAAUGUAUAUUUUUGUAUAUUUUAUUUGUAUGUAUAUUAUUUUUUAUUAUACUUUUUACAGUCAGUGUAAGUAUUUUUUUAUUACCGAGUAAUGGUUUAACGUUGCCUGCCAUAUCAGAACCAAUUUUUUUCGUCAAACUUAGUUUUAUUCAUAUGGAGUUAAUAGGAAAAUUUUAUUUUCAUAUAAAUCUUCUAAAAACUAUUAAACAUUGAGUAUUUCGCAUUAACGCACAAUUACCUAAAUACGACCUUCCUAGGCACAGAAAUGUGAACUGACUUAUUUAUCAAUGUUUGAGAUAAAAAAAUCAAUUACCAGAAUAGUUGCGUUAAAAAAUAAUUAAAAAAGUAAGUGUUUCAAGCUAAAUUUAAUUCAUAAAUCACACUUUUUAAAUUAUGUAUUUAUAAAACCAAGUUUGACCUCCGCAAAGACUUCCAUUUGAAAUUUCCGUUUGUACUACUGUAAUUGCGUGGUAGACACAUUUAGCUCAAAGUAAUAAGAAUAUUGUACAUAUUGAACAUAUCCUGCAAGUUUUCUAAUCUAGAAUACUGUUAUUAUAUUGUGUAUAAGAAUUUUUUUAAUCUUGAAAAAUAGCAAUAUUUAAUUUAAAAAAACCUUUGUGAUUGUAAAAUAAAAGCCUACUUCAUUACAA